GCGCGCAGUGACAGAGAGCCGAGCGGGGGUGAGCGGGGGGAGGCGGAGUCACGGCACUUCUGCCAGGGCCGCCAUUUUUGCACAGGGAAAAGAGACAGGAUUGAAGGGAUCCAGUUUCUAACUGUCGGCACAGAUACGGACAAAAUUAUCGGGCUUUAACAGACUCUAACUGUACUUUGGGAUUAGAGCACCACGAAGCGAAAUACAGGUGCGAAAUAGCGCGAUUUGUAAAGCUUUGUUACACACCUGCAGUGGAGAGCGAAGUAUUGUUUUGGUUGUGUGGUAACUGUUAGAUCAGGCGGCGGGGUCUCACCCGAGUCCCCCGUGUCUCUAUUCACAGUUAUUACAGUGGACAUCAACGGCCUUGUGGAUGCACUUAGAUGUGUGCAAUGAGUGCUGUGGCUGACAUGCCUCAGUGUUUUGGAUUGCUGUGCUCUGGACUCAGUAGGACAAGAGACUCCCAGCACAGCACGUCAUGAGCUUAGUCAUCCCAGUAGGGGUGGACACGGCAAACACCUCGUACCUGGACAUGGCUGCAGGCUCAGAACCAGAAUCUGUGGAGGCGAGCUCUGUGGUAGUUGAGAAGUCCAGCUACCCUCACCAGAUUUACAGCAGCAGCUCCCACCACUCCCACGGCUACAUCGGUCUGCCUUACGCCGACCACAAUUAUGGGGCUCGACCCCCACCCACCCCGCCGGCAUCCCCGCCUCCCUCGGUGCUGAUCCGGCCGGGCGAGAGUUUGUUUGUGUCCGGGGGUCGGCCAGGCGAGAACUUGUUUGUGCCUGGCGGCCAGGACGAGGCGUCGCGUGGCACCACGCUCAGCACCUCGGAAGACGGCAGCUACGGUGCUGACAUCACACGCUGCAUUUGCGGCUUCACCCAUGACGAUGGCUACAUGAUCUGCUGCGACAAGUGCAGUGUGUGGCAGCACAUAGACUGCAUGGGGAUCGACCGGCAGCACAUUCCCGAGACCUACCUGUGUGAACGCUGUCAGCCACGCAUCCUGGACCGAGAGCACGCCAUCCUACUGCAAACCAGGAAGAGAGAGAACAUGUCUGACGGGGACACCAGUGCUACAGAAAGUGGAGAUGAGGUUCCACUAGAGUUGUACACAGCGUUUCAGCACACCCCUACCAGCAUCACACUCACGACAGCACGUCUCGGUAACAAACAGGCAGAUAAGAAACGAAAGAAGAGUGGAGAAAAGGAGCCCCCGGCUACAACCAGGGCCAAGAAGUCAUUCCGUGAAGGCUCUAGAAAAUCGUCUAGAGUAAAGGGCUCAGCUCCCGAGUGUGAGCCAACAGAUCCUCCCUCUCUUUGGGAGAAUAAGAUGAAGUCGUGGAUGGAGCGCUAUGAGGAAGCCAGCAGUAACCAGUACAGUGAAGAAGUGCGGAUACUGCUAAGAGUAAAAGAAGCCAGAGAUGGCAAAACGCUGGCCUACAAUACACACACCGCAGCCUUCAAACCACCUGUUGAGAGUCACGUACAGAAGAACAAGCGCAUUCUUAAGGCUGUUCGGGAUUUGGCUGCCGAUUCGCUCAUAAUCGAGUACAGGGGGAAAGUCAUGCUACAACAGCAAUUUGAGGCCAAUGGUUACUUCUUUAAGAGGCCGUACCCUUUUGUAUUGUUCUACUCUAAGUUUGACGGGUUGGAAAUGUGCGUGGACGCACGGAGUUUCGGCAACGAGGCCCGAUUCAUUCGUCGCUCCUGCACCCCCAACGCUGAGGUGCGCCACGUAAUCGAGGACGGCAUGCUGCAUUUAUACAUUUACUCUCUGAGGUCCAUCUCCAAAGGGAGUGAGAUCACCAUUGGCUUUGAUUAUGACUACGGCAGCUGUAAAUAUAAGGUGGACUGUGCGUGUGUGAAAGGCAAUCAGGAAUGCCCUGUGCUCAAGCAUAACAUGGAACCCACAGAGAAUCUGGGCUCUAGCACACGACGGCGCAGCCGCAAGGACAAAGAACCGUCGCGGGACGAGAGCGGACAGAACCAGAACCUCACUAUGGACUGUGACGGGCCCAAGGGGAAAUCGCUCAAUGACGGCAAACAGAGAAAACUCUCUCCACUCCGGCUCUCCAUAUCUAACAAUCAGGAUCCUGAGUUAAUAGAGGAUCUAGAAGAGAAAACCUCCAUUAGCAAUGAAGUAGAGAUGGAGUCAGAGGAGCAGAUUGCAGAAAGGAGGAGGAAGAUGGGCGGCCCGGCAGAGGAGUCCCAUCGUCACGGCGCAGGGGCUUCCUGCUGCAGAGCUCUGAGAAACAAGGAGACACGUGAAGAGAGGAAGAUGGAGGCCAUUCUGCAGGCAUUUGCUCGUAUGGAGAAAAGAGAAAAGCGGAGGGAGCAAGCGUUAGAAAGGAUCGGCACCAAAGGGGAAGUUGGUGGACACAUCGAGAUUAAGGAAGAGCCUCCUGCUACACCAGAGGCUGAAUCUCCUGUCAUAUUACAGCCCAUGAUAGAGGUAGUGAAGGAGGAGGAGCCUUGUCUGAAGCCAGCAAAGGUGAGCCGGAACAAACAGAGGAAAAGCUUCUCGCGGAACCGCACACACAUAGGACAGCAGAGGCGGAGAGCGCGAACAGUCAGCACCUGCUCUGACUUGCUGCCCAGUUCCCCUGGUGAUGCUUUAGAGCCCUUAACAACACAGACUCAUGAUGGAGAGACGCCCUCGGCCCCUGAGGCUGAUGCUCCACCGUCACGUGACCCUGACACCAGCCCACCCCACAGCGGCUCACCUGCCCCGCCUUGCCGCAGUGGACAGAAGUACCCCAAAACUAAAAAGCACUUAGUGAGCGAGUGGAUGGGUGUUGACAAACAGGAACGGGGAGCUUCUCAGACUCCGGAGCCUCCCCCUGAGAGGCCGUUGCGGAUCAGUAGUGAUCCUGAGGUCUUGGCCACACAGCUGAACUCUCUACCGGGCAUGGCCUGCAGUUCACACGUCUACAGCACGCCUAAACACUAUGUCCGCUUCUCCUCUCCUUUUCUGGCCAACCGUAGCCCCAGCACUCUGGGAGUGCCCACGGGGCGGCGGCGCUCAAGAGAAAUGCCUGAAACAUCACCUACCACUGGUUCCUGCAAGAAGCGCUGGCUGAAGCAAGCUUUAGAAGAGGAGGGCUCCACCAGCCCAGGUGAAGGGCGCCCUUCUCUGCUGAUGCCUAGUGAUAGCCCUCUCAGCCCCUCUAUAAACGGCGAGUCCCACAGCCCUUUACCUCUCAACGGCAGUUGCUCACUACCAGAGUUGCCUACCCCGUUGAAGAAAAGGCGCUUAUGUUCACUCGAUCCCUGUAUGUCAGAGACUUCCACACCAUACGGGUCUCCUUGUGCCACCCCAACCCGAACAGAGUCAACAGAAGCACCAAGCACGCCCCUGCUGCUUACCACGCUAGAUGUUUGUGAUUGCAGUCUCUCUAAAAGGAUUCUUAAACAAUUAAAACCUAAUCCAGUGAUCUUGAGCGAGAUCGAGUCGUCUAUGGACAGUUCUCCAGAUGUUAGCCGAAGGCCCAGUACACAAGACGUUGAACGACCUCCUUCGCUGUUGGCAUCUCCCAGCGUGAGAAAUGCAGGCUCUGAUACGGCUCCACAGGAUCUGGGGUCUCUGAGUCCUCAGCCCUCCCAUGCUGAGCCCCAGGAUGCUGCGGUAGAUGAAGGCAUGGAGAUUGACGGUGGAGGUUCAGAAGUUGCCUCUGCACCCGAGACACAAGCCUCCUCUUACCCUCCCUGGAUGAAGAGUCCAGACCGAGGUGGCCUCUCGUUUUCCCCAGUGAACUCUAAUCUGAGAGACCUCACCCCUUCUCACACCUUAGAGAUGGGGGCAUACAGGCCAGAUUCAACCUCCGCUGGCCCCUUCAGUGAGGCGGCGCCCUUCUAUUCCUGUAAUGAGGAGAGCAGCAGCGUGACCUUUACUCGCUCACUGAGUGGUGAUGGCACAGGGGAGGGAGGAGCUGCAAAGAACCCACAGAAGAAAAAGGUGUCUCUUCUGGAGUACAGGAAACGUCAGCGUGAGGCACGGCGAAGUGGCUCCAAGGGAGAGUGUGGCUCCCCUGUUUCCACGGCACCACCAGUAGAUGUAUUCCCUGUCGCAGUGGAAGUGGUCCCUGAGCCACCUGUUCUCACAGCAGCGCCAACCCCCAGGACUCCUCAGCACAGCGAGGAGCCAGACGCCCCACCUCAGGGGGAGAGAGAUGGAGAAGGGCAGUGGACAUCUUCAACGUCAGUAGAGCAGGCCAGGGAACGAAGCUACCACAGGGCCUUGUUGUUGAGUGACCAUCGCAAGGAUGCAGACGGUGGAGAGUCAGAGGGUGGCGACUCCCAGGUGAAGGAAUGCCCUUCUCCCAAGAGCUGCAAGAGCCCCUCGACACAUGCACCUUGUUCUCCAGCACCCCAGACUGUGUCUCGACCAUCCAAAGAGGAAGAUGGUGAAGCACAGCCUUGUGGUCCUUCUCAGCCUCAGGCACUGUCCGUCCAGCAGUCCAGCACCAAGACUUCGAGCUCCAAACCAGCCACUCUAACACCAGUCUGCACCAGCCAACCCCUCAAUAACCCCUUCCACUUAUCAACAAACUGCAUUACCCCCUCCUCCACCACCACCUCCCCAACAAACUCCUCCCACACAGACCCCGCCCAAUCCGAGCGUCUCACAGAUCGCUGGUGGUAACCGAGGACCUACCCCUUCGUCCGUCCCCUUUCACAGUACCGGAUACUUGGGCACAGGAUGGCACUGACCACACCACUUAACCCGCCCCCUAAACAAACUUGCUCAGAGAGGGGCAGAGCUACAUUGUGUAACAUAGGCAACACAGCACCACUGUAAAUAUUUUCUAUGUACCUUUUCACAAAGGCUAAUGGAAACCAGUGGGUGAAAAGGGUACAUUUUAAAAAGAAAAACGAGAAAUGCAGAACUGUAUCAGUAGACUUUGUGUAAAAGAUGAUGGUUAAUGAACCCUGGUGCUCACCACUUACCUAGAAUCAUCACUCACACCUCUCUCCUUCCCAUAACCUUGUACUGCCAUCCUGUCUUUUCCAGACGUCGUUUUUUACUUUUAAUGUUUUAAUUCAUUUUAAUCGCCCUUUCCGGUCUCUUCCCGUUGAAUCCUUCCUCUAUCCUCCCAGUGCAAUGCAAUGGGACAUUCCAGUUUCCUCCUUACCUUUCCCUGUUCUUCCCGUUUCUCACAGUUUUUUCACUCAUUAGUUAUUUGUUUUAUCUAGUGGCUCAUUAUAUAGCAAAAAGGUUUUGUAUAGAGAAAAAAAAUACAGAAUUAUUAUUUUUUUUAUUCCUCCAUGUAACAAAAAUAUCUGUGCACCGCUGCAGAAAUUCAGAGGAGACCUUUCUGAUAGGCCGCUUCACUGCCCCAGGAGACUGCACUUGUGUGAAUGAGCGAGUCUGUGUGCAUUGAGUGUGUUUUUAAGCGGAAGGGAGCGUGUAUGCUUGCAUGCCGCCCGCAUCCGUGUGCAUAUUUGAAGUGCGCAUGAGAGACGGAAAGCAAAUACGGCGCAGACAGAUGUGUGCUGUUCUCUUUGGCAGCUUUAGAAAGAGAGGUCCUUCCUGUAGGGGUAAGCGGUUUAUUUUUGAAUAUCAAUGUUUAUUUGUAGAAAGUGUAAUUUAAUGUAUAGGUGGUUACUCCAGCUUUCUCCAGAAACAGUUGUAAAUAUUGGCUUCUUUUCUUUUCUAUGCUUGUAUAAUUCGCUCCCAUCCCCAUUUUGGAAUAUGGUUGUAAAUACAAGCUCUCUUGACAAAAAUGCUGAAUGUUUCUGUGACUGUAGCACUAUUUUUAUUUCUUCCUGUUUUUUUUUUUUUUUUUUUUUUUUUUUUUUUUUUUACUGUUUGUGUGCGUGUAUGUGUAGGACAGGCUCACAAGACACAGCACUGGUUGGCUAUUUUCAUGGUUCAUUAUAAUAAAUCACUGUAAUGACAGUUUUAUACCAACCGAAUCGUCCUGUGUGUUUUACUGGGGGUUUGAUGUUUACAUGUUCCUAAUGUGAGUUUUUCUUUCACUGUGAAGGUGUCUGUGUGAAGAGGUUCUGCAAUGAAGGUUUGAAGAGACUGCUGUUGCGGAGACCUAUCUCGAGGUUUCUGUUUAUUGACCACUAUUAUUGUCAUUAUAUAAAAUAUAAACCUAGUUGUUUUUUUUCUCAGUAUCUGAUAGAUGCUUCAAAGAAACGAGUUUUUAUGACCAAUCAGAAUGAAAGCAGACUUAAGAAACCCAAUCGGAAUGAAGGAAGAAAGAUUACAUGACCAAACAACAUCAAGCCAGAGGUUACAAUCAACCGGAAUGAAGGUUUGCCAUGUUGAAGACUGAAGCAGCUGUCAGAACUUCAUCCAGCAUUGUCCAAACUCUUCAGUUAUCCAAGAACGGAGGGAGUGGCACAAGGUACACAUUUCCUGUGGGCUUUUGCUUUUUGAAACCACAUCCUCCAGGUUUUCCAAUGACAUUUUUUCUUUUUGAUUGGUGAUCCUAGGCUGUUCAUUUGUCUUGGUGGGACAGAAUGAUAAUACCAAGAGUACAAAACGGUACCAGCUGAGAACAUCAUAAUUAUGGCACGCAUAACUAUACAGCACCAACAUUGCCGAGAAGGAAAUAUCGAAUUGGAGACAUACAGAAAUUCAACAUAUACACUCAGUACAUAAUACUUAAAACACUCUCCUACUUCUUUAUAUACUUGGCCUGUGCACAAUUACUAAUGGCAGAGAUGUCUGCCCCUAAUUUUGACACUUAUUUUUUAAAAAUAUAUUAACAGUGAACUCUCAACUUCUGUUUACAUACCCCUUUUAAACAAUGUUGGAUAGGGUUGUUGAAAUAAUUGUACAUUUUGAAACCCGAUAAAUGAUCACUAGCCUUUAAAUUGGCUCUCAUUUAAGUGGUCAGGAUUCAGUGUCCCAUUUUGCUGCCUUUUUUUUUUUUUUUUUUGGUCCAGGGAUGGAAG